AUGGUGCGUCGCCCCGAGAUUCGAACAUUCAGGAAUGCGCUGAAAGGUCACCGUCGAGUGUACCUAUCCCCGCUGACCACCAAUUCCAAUCCCAGGCCCGAGUUCACGGUCGCCCUCGUGCGAACCCCCUACCUCUCCCCUCUAUAUGCCCAGUUCCGCGUUCCCCUCAACUUCAACAAACUCGACCUACGCAGUUAUCUCCUUCAAGCCUACAACGUUCCAGUCCGCGCCGUCCGCAGUUAUGUCGAGCAGCAGCCCGUCACCCGUCUGACGCGCGACAACCGAAACUUUGGACCCUGGCGGCGCCCGAAGUCGAUCAAGCGUAUGACCGUCGAACUGCACACCCCGUUCGUGUGGCCCGAGGAGCCCAAGGAUCUCAGCGGAUGGGAGAAAGAAUCCUGGGACGCCGGCGAGAAAUGGCAACACAAGAUGCGCGAGAAGCAGAAGCAGAAGCCUGAUUUCUCGGAGGAACCGGACGAGGAUAUGCGCAAGGCCUACGAGGAGCAGGCCAAGGAGCUGGUCGAGGGCAAGCAAACCUGGCGCCCGACGUGGCAGGCUUUGGGUCUGGAUUUCGCUCACAAAGAGCUCAUCAACAACAAGGCCACGAAUCCGCCCAAGCCCAAGUGGAUGACGAAGCCGAGAAAGCCUUGA